CAACUGGCGCCAUGGCGCCAAAGAAGGGAACCGUAACACGGGCAAUGAAAAGGCCCGCGGCCAAGACAAAACCAGCGCGAAAAGAGAAGAAGGCUGACGAGAACGAGGGCAGCGAGGAUUUCGAAGAAAAGGAAGAGCCGCCCACACCUGAGGAACCGGCUGGUGUAGCAAAGGCAAAAGCCAAACCCAAGGAGAAAUCAAAGGCGAAGGCGAAGGCAAAAGAAAAGGCGAAAGCGAAGGCGACAGAGAAGGUUUUGACCAAAAAGCCACAAGAAUCUUCAUCUUCCUCAUCCAGUUCCACAAGUUCUUCCAGCUCCAGUUCAUCUGAUGGGCCCGAGGAAAACCAGCAAACUGGCGAAGCACUCGAUGGAGCCGAGGCCAGAUCUCAGGAUGAAGAGUUGGUUGAUGAAACCCUUGAACCUAAGGAGAAUGAUCAGAAUAGACAAUCAGACGCAGAAAACCCCGCGCCUGAGGAAAGACCUGAGGAUGCGGAGGAGAAUGAUCAGACUAGACAAUCGGGUUCAGAAACCCCUGCUCCUGAGGAAAGACCUGAGGGUGUAGAGGAGAGUGGUCAGAAUAGACAGUCGGACGGAGAAAACCCUGCGCUUGAGGAAAAAUCUGAGGAUGCGGAGGAGAAUGAUCAGAAUAGACAAUCGGGUUCAGAAAACCAUGCUCCUGAGGCAAGACCUGAGGGUGUAGAGGAGAGUGAUCAGAAUAGACAGUCGGACGGAGAAAACCCUGCGCUUGAGGAAAAAUCUGAGGAUGCGGAGGAGAGUGAUCAGAAUAGACAAUCGGGUUCAGAAAACCAUGCUCCUGAGGCAAGACCUGAGGGUGUAGAGGAGAGUGAUCAGAAUAGACAGUCGGACGGAGAAAACCCUGCGCUUGAGGAAAAAUCUGAGGAUGCGGAGGAGGGUGAUCAGAAUAGACAAUCGGGUUCAGAAAACCAUGCUCCUGAGGAAAGACCUCAGGAUGAAGAGUUGGUUGAUGAAGACUUUGCGCCUGAGGAGAGAGCUCAUGAUAGAAAAACGGGUAAUGAAAUCCCAGCGUUUGACGAGAUAUCCGAGGACCGACAACGAGAAGAUGCGCCAGCUGCUUUUCAGGAGACAUUGGAAGACACUCAGCCAGGGGAGCCAGAAAAUGUAACUCCUCUGCUUGCGGAAGGGUCUGAAAAUAGGCGCUUGGACGACGCACCCCUUGCACAUGAGGGGGCGCCCCGCAAGAGCAAAUCCAAUGCAUCCCGCUUGUUAGAUGUGGACCAUUUAAUGACGAGCGUUUUGUCGCUGGCUGGCAGUUUCAUUCCUUUUUUUCCACCUUAAAACAUUUUAAACCGGGAUGAUGAUCCCACAUGGCUGCUAGUUCCACCCCUGCAAGGUAAGCACAUGUAAGCACCAAUCCUGGGCCGUAAAAGACGCUAUACUGAACCAGGGUUUCUAUAGGAGGUUCUUCCAGCCAUAUCCACAAGAAUAGAACAUAAUAGAACUAUAGUUGGAACCCGCGGUUCUUUCAUGUUUGACCAACCUGCCCUCAGGACCGGACUGGUUUCACAUCUUUGUGCUCCAGAUGCUCCAGAUGCUCCAGAUGCUCCAGAUGCUCCAGAUGCUCCAGGGGCAGCUGAUGAACCUUCAGGGGAAGAGUCGGUCGACCCAAUGGAAGCUGAAGUGGAUGAAGAAGACACCGAAGAAGUCCGGACCUUGAAGGCGAAGAUAAAGGACUUGAAAACUGCGGCCAAGUUGGAUGCUGAAGCGCACAUGGAAGAACUGUCGGUGGUGACCCUUUUCAACAAAACCAUCGUAGAAACGACGAGAAAGCAAGUUGAGGACUUGAACACCGAGAAUCAACGCCUGAGACUGGAGCUGCCUCCUACUGAGGAAUUGAAAAAGAAAAUCGAGGAGCAAACUGCGAUCAUCCGAACAAUGGCAGAGAAAGAGGAGGAGGUCAAGGCCAAAAUAAAGGAACUGGCAUUGCAACACGAAGCACAAGUCCGUUUUCUCCAGGAAAACAGCGGCGCUGUCGAUGUGGAAGUAGCUCAAGACAUGCUUCAGAAAAGUUCUUUGAUGCGCGAAGUGUACGACCAGAUCAUGGCCAUUCUUCCAGGCUUGCUGCCGUGUGCAGCGGAAAGCACAGGAACUGCUUCCGCAGAAGUGGCCAUUCCCGAAAAGAGGGAAACAGCACCUCUCGAGGUGGUUGACUCUGGGAGCGAAGACCCGGUGAAACGGGGAAAGAAGAAGAAGCAGAAAGAGCCCAAAGAGCCCAAAGUUUUCAAAGAGCCCAAAAAAGAAGAGAAAAUAGAGAAAGAAGCGGCAGAAUCAGCAGAGCCCCGAAAAAGGUUGCGGAAGUUGUCCGGAGAUCUGGACGAUACAGCGGUUGAGCCGAAUGUUGCCAGCGAGCUAGAGCCCACAGAAAUCACCCUAAAUGAGCUCGAGCUUUUCAUGAAUGAAAUUGAAGCUGGGACCAAGAAACUAGAUGCAACCGGGCAAGAAAUGCAUGACUCACAUGAACCAAUGCUAGAAGCAUUGGAGGAUGACAAGACAAGAAAGGCACCCAGCGAAGAGGGAAAGAAGGACAAAACAGAGCAAAAGGCUGCCGAGAAGAUUGCAGAAGCAGAUGAAGAUGAGCAAGCAAGAAAGGCAGCCGGAAGAGAGAAGAAGAAGGCUAGAAUUGAAGAGCAGCUAGCCGAGCAGAGGCGCCAAGCUCAGACAAAAGAGAGAACGACAGACGCCUCUAAGCAAGAGAAAAAGAAGGAUAAAACGGAGCAAGAGGCUGCCCAGAAGAUUGCAGAAGCAGAUGAAGAAGAGCAAGCAAGAAAGGUAGCCCGAAGAGAGAGACAGAAGGCUAGAAUUGAAGAGCAGCUAGCCGAGCAGAUGCGCCAAGCUCAGACAAAAGAGAGGUCCAAAGAAGACAUAAAGAAGGACAAAGCGGCGCAAAAGGCUGUGGAGAAAAUGGCAGAAAAGGAAGAGAGAAAGAAGCAUAAACCGGAGCAAAAGGCUGCCGAGAAGAAGGCAGAAGCAGAUAAAGAAGAGCAAGCAAGAAAGGUAGCCCGAAGAGAGAGACAGAAGGCUAGAAUUGAAGAGCAGGUAGCCGAGCAGAUGCGCCAAGCUCAGACAAGAAAGAGGACUCUGGACGCAACCAAGGAAGAAAUAAAGAAGGGCAAAGCGGAGCAAAAGGCUGCGGAGAAGAAGGCAGAAGCAGAUGAAGAUGAGGAAGCAAGGAAGGCAGCCCCAAGAGAGAAAAAGAAAGCUAGAAGUGAAGAGCAGCUAGCCGAGCAGAUGCGCCAAGCUCAGACAAAAGAGAGGUCCAAAGAAGACAUAAAGAAGGACAAAGCGGAGCAAAAUGCUGUGGAGAAAAUGGCAGAAAAGGAAGAGAGAAAGAAUGAUAAACCCGAGCAAAAGGCUGCCGAGAAGAAGGCAGAAGCAUUUGAAGACGAGCAAGCAAGCAAGGCAGCCCGAAGAGAGAAAAAGAAGGCAAGAACUGAAGAGCAGCUAGCCGAGCAGAUGCGCCAAGCUCAGACAAAAGAGAGGCCCAAAGAAGACAUAAAGAAGGACAAAGAGCAAAAGGCUGUGAAAAAAACGGCAGAGGCAGAUGAAGGUGAGCAAGCAAGGAAGGCAGCCCCAAGAGAGAGUCAGAAGGCUAGAACUGAAGAGCAGCUAGCCGAGCAGAUGCGCCAAGCUCAGACAAAAGAGAGGUCCAAAGAAGACAUAAAGAAGGACAAAGCGGAGCAAAAGGCUGUGGAGAAAAUGGCAGAAAAGGAAGAGAGAAAGAAGCAUAAACCGGAGCAAAAGGCUGCCGAGAAGAAGGCAGAAGCAGAUGAAGACGAGCAAGCAAGAAAGGCCGCCCGAAGAGAGAAAAAUAGGGCAAGAACUGAAGAGCAGCUAGCCGAGCAGAUGCGCCAAGCUCAGACAAAAGAGAGGUCCAAAGAGGACACAAAGAAGGACAAAGCGGCGCAAAAGGCUUUGGAGAAAAUGGCAGAACCAGAUGAAGAUGAGCAAGCAAGCAAGGCAGCCCGAAGAGAGAAAAAGAAGGCUAGAACUGAAGAGCAGCUAGCCGAGCAGAUGCGCCAAGCUCAGACAAAAGAGAGGCCCAAAGAAGACAUAAAGAAGGACAAAGAGCAAAAGGCUGUGAAAAAAACGGCAGAGGCAGAUGAAGGUGAGCAAGCAAGGAAGGCAGCCCCAAGAGAGAGUCAGAAGGCUAGAACUGAAGAGCAGCUAGCCGAGCAGAUGCGCCAAGCUCAGACAAAAGAGAGGUCCAAAGAAGACAUAAAGAAGGACAAAGCGGAGCAAAAGGCUGUGGAGAAAAUGGCAGAAAAGGAAGAGAGAAAGAAGCAUAAACCGGAGCAAAAGGCUGCCGAGAAGAAGGCAGAGGCAGAUGAAGACGAGCAAGCAAGAAAGGCAGCCCGAAGAGAGAAAAAGAAGGCUAGAACUGAAGAGCAGCUAGCCGAGCAGACGCGCCAAGCUCAGACAAAAGAGAGGUCCAAAGAAGACACAAAGAAGGAUGAAGCGGCGCAAAAGGCUGUGGAGAAAAUGGCAGAACCAGAUGAAGAUGAGCAAGCAAGCAAGGCAGCCCGAAGAGAGAGAAAGAAGGCUAGAACUGAAGAGCAGCUAGCCGAGCAGAUGCGCCAAGCUCAGACAAAAGAGAGGCCCAAAGAAGACAUAAAGAAGGAGAAAACGGCAGAAGCAGAUGAAGAAGAGCAAGCAAGAAAGGCAGCCCGAAGAGAGAGACAGAAGGCUAGAAUUGAAGAGCAGCUAGCCGAGCAGAUGCGCCAAGCUCAGACAAAAGAGAGGUCCAAAGAAGACAUAAAGAAGGACAAAGCGGAGCAAAAGGCUGUGGAGAAAAUGGCAGAGGCAGAUGAAGGUGAGCAAGUAAGGAAGGCAGCCCGAAGAGAGAGCCAGAAGGCUAGAUCUGAAGAGCAGCUAGCUGAGCAGAUGCGCCAAGCUCAGACAAAAGAGAGGUCCAAAGAAGACAUAAAGAAGGACAAAGAGCAAAAGGCUGCCGAGAAGAAGGCAGAGGCAGAUGAAGACGAGCAAGCAAGGAAGGCAGCCCGAAGAGAGAAAAAGGAGGCUAGAAAUGAAGAGCAGCUAGCCGAGCAGACGCGCCAAGCUCAGACAAAAGAGAGGUCCAAAGAAGACACAAAGAAGGACAAAGCGGCGCAAAAGGCUGUGGAGAAAAUGGCAGAACCAGAUGAAGAUGAGCAAGCAAGCAAGGCAGCCCGAAGAGAGAAAAAGAAGGCUAGAACUGAAGAGCAGCUAGCCGAGCAGAUGCGCCAAGCUCAGACAAAAGAGAGGUCCAAAGAAGACAUAAAGAAGGACAAAAAGGCAGAGGCAGAUGAAGACGAGCAAGCAAGGAAGGCAGCCCGAAGAGAGAAAAAGAAGGCUAGAAAUGAAGAGCAGCUAGCCGAGCAGAUGCGCCAAGCUCAGACAAAAGAGAGGUCCAAAGAAGACACAAAGAAGGACAAAGCGGCGCAAAAGGCUGUGGAGAAAAUGGCAGAACCAGAUGAAGAUGAGCAAACAAGCAAGGCAGCCCGAAGAGAGAAAAAGAAGGCUAGAACUGAAGAGCAGCUAGCCGAGCAGAUGCGCCAAGCUCAGACAAAAGAGAGGCCCAAAGAAGACAUAAAGAAGGACAAAGAGCAAAAGGCUGUGGAGAAAACGGCAGAGGCAGAUGAAGACGAGCAAGUAAGCAAGGCAGCCCGAAGAGAGAAAAAGAAGGCUAGAACUGAAGAGCAGCUAGCCGAGCAGAUGCGCCAAGCUCAGACAAAAGAGAGGCCCAAAGAAGACAUAAAGAAGGACAAAGAGCAAAAGGCUGUGGAGAAAACGGCAGAGGCAGAUGAAGACGAGCAAGCAAGCAAGGCAGCCCGAAGAGAGAGUCAGAAGGCUAGAAUUGGAGAGCAGCCAGCCGAGCAGAUGCGGGAAGCGGCUUCUGAUGAUAGGUUGGGUGCAGGAGAGAAACGCACAGAACAAUCCAAGGAGAGAGAGAAAGAUGAGCCGCAGAAGUUAGGUGAGCCGCCGGAAGUGGAGGGGUUGCCAGAAGCUGAUGUGGCGCCUGAGCCUGAACCAGCCCGCGCAGCCUCUUCCAAACGGAAAGGGAAAAAGAGAAAGAGAAAUGUUUCGAAGUGAGUUGGGCUUGUCUGAAAGCAGCACGGCCACAAAUUCGAUGUUUGAUCAUCACCACCCCCUAAACAUUCCUAAAUGUGCAUACUACGGGGUUCCAACACAGUGUCAAAGUGUCAAAGGCCCGCUUUGAUUGAGGGUUCGCAGGUGUGGCCCUGUGAUGCGGGCAUUCUCGCAUAGCCUCUGAGAUUUCCAUGUUCGUGUUGAUUUUGCAGUUUUGCGCCAGCCAAAUGACCGCACCGCUGUGCCAUGAGAUGUGAAUUCGGUGAUUCACCAUGAUUCACGUAAGGGCACCAUUGGACAAACCCACUCACUGGGGGCAAACCAUCAGCUGAAACUAGCGAGAUCAUGCUGUCGGUCAU